GCUUAAUCUAGGAGAAACAAUGCCAAUUUAACUAACAAGAAAACGCUUUCUAUUAAACAAAAUAAUGUUAUAAAAAACGUAAAUGUACCUGCACAUCAACUGUUGUUGUGACCACAAUUACUGCAUUUAAAAAGUUAAACAUGGCCAAGGCGCAGGCGUCAAAUUUCUUGUAAACAUUGCCCGCCCAACCCAAAAUGCAACAAAAAGCGCCAAUGAACGCAAAAUCGGCACAAGGACAUGCCAACACAAGCUAGGAAAAAUCAAUAACAACACAGCCGCAAAGCGACAGAGGCCGGAAGUGCACUUUUUUUUUGCAUUACUGCGCGUUAAGUAACUCCGGGAAGGCAGUAAAAAAUUGAAUUUCAGCAGGAAAGUGAUGUAGGUUUCUCGGCUAAAGCCCUUUGAAAAAAAGAAAAAACCUUAAAAUGGUGGGUAAAGGAUCCAGCGGUCUGGGCGUAGACACAAACACGGGUAGCAAGGAACGCCCAGUUUUUAUUCCGCCCCGGAAACGUCAACAAACCAAAUCAGAAGCCAAGAAGCAGAAUUAUGUGGACCAUAUUGUCAGUGUGCAGCAAAACCGACCCAAGUUGUCGCCCUCGAAUCCGGGCCUCGAGGAGGAGCUCCGCAAGUCAAAGCUCAUUAUUAAGAACAAACAGCCGCUGCCGCAACUUCCGGGGGAAUUGGGCGUUCCCAGCACCCAGGACACCUUGGCCAGCACUCACUCGGCCAGCUCCACACAGCACAGCCAGAAGUCGGCCCGGUCGGCCGGUAAUCUCAACGAGCUCCAGAACUUUGAGUCUAUCUCACAAGGCACCAAGUCCACAUCGCAGAGGCAUGAGAGUAGCACCGUAACGCCGAGCAGCUGCUGCUACUCGGAGAGCAGCCUGGACGCCAAGUUGAGCAAGUCACAGGAUUGCCUGAGCAACCGCUCUUCCUCCAAGAAGCGGGUAAACAUUCGAACUUCGGAUCUGCCUGGGCAGGGACGCAAUCAGCGCUCAUCGCCGGAGAUCGCCAACUACGAGGACCUAGAGUCUGGGGAAACGAGUGUGCUGAACACCUACGACCAGAGCCUGGAGCGAGGCUACCAAGCGCGAAAGGAUGGCGGCGGCAACUACCUGACCAUGACGGGCACCAUUAAGCGGGGCCGCAAGAAGGGUCAGUCCGUGGAUCUACAGAUCAACAUAAGCCGCGAGGAGCUGGAGCAGCUGAAUGCCCAUGCCAUGGCCAGCGAUUCACAGAAGGGCGGCAGCUUGUGCUGCACCUGCAGCUGUGGCACCGGACUCCACAUCCUGCUCAUUUCGCUGCUGUGCCUGCCCUUCGUGACGGUCAUCUCGGCGGUGUAUUCCUUUUACAUCGGCACCCUCACCUGGUACAACAUGUUCAACUACUACUGCGAGGAGCGGACCUAUCUCCACAAGAUCCUGGUAACGCCGCUCCUGUUCGUGGCCUAUCCACUGGCCAUUGUGCUGUGCACCUUCGGGCUGGGCAUCUACUCGGGAGUGCGCCAACUGAGUCUGCAGUACAGCAGCUGGGUGAACGACAUUACGGACAUCGAGAAGGGCUUCUACGGCUGGCUGUGUGGCUUCCUGCACAUGCCCGACUGUAGUCCCUAUGAGGUGGUGAUCCUUACUGACAUAUGUGUGGCGCCACAGGAUCCGCAGAGGUUGCACAUUAACAAGCCACGUCAGGAGCUUUCAAUGUAGGAUGUGUAUGGCCUCAGUUUCGUUAGCGGCCCCGGAUUUUCGACCAUAAGUGUGAUAUAAAAACGUAAUUGCAUUUGCAAUAUGCAAUGCUGGCAGGAGUAAGAUCGACACAAUAAGUUUCCUUUGGCCAAAUUUGUUCCUUUUACAUUGACAUAAUCGUAUGUCUGCAAUUGCAGCUUUAGAGAACGGAAAUAUACUAUAUAUAUCGAAGCCACAAACAUAAUCCAAACCCUAGAGAGACUAGCAUUUAAGUUGACAGAAAUCUAACACUCGCACAGCGCCUAAAAUAGAGAAUAUAAAAUUCGGCUAACCGAAUCUAAUAUAACCUUGCAAAUGUCAUGGAAUUAUCUGUCAAUAAGCAGUAAAAAAUUAAUUGCUCAAAAGUCACAGAUUUGAUAGAAAAGUGUAAUUAAAUUUUUUGUCUGAAAGCCACAUUACUACAUCCUCUUAAUAAUCUAAUAGGAAUUAAUUUUCCAAAUCUCUAAAUAAUUUAUUCAGUAGUCCCAUAAAUUGUUGUUGACAUUGCUAUCUUUGAUUUAACAAAGAUAUUUCGAUCCAUUUGCAAGGUUUAUAUAUAAACACAGUUAACUGUUGUAGUUGGGCAUUAGCCUGCCAUUUGAAACUCUGCUUUCUUUUUGAUCUUAAAGCCAAAUUUAAUAAAUAAGAAACGUAAAUAUCGAACUCAAAUCGCAUUUACAGAUUUUGCAUUUAUCUUCAGAGUGAACUAAACCAAAAGAGCAGCCAACAUAAAUGCGCAGUUGUCGUGAUGGAAAAUUUUUCUUAGUUUUAAGCAAACAUUUUUUAUUUCUACGUCAAUAAUAAAUAAAUGAAGAAAAAACAGCAGCAAAGCCACACAUCUAUAUACAAACAUACUUAUAUAAGCAAACGUUUUUAAAAUAGAAAUUCUAUAUGUUAAGAAAAUUAAGAACCCGAAUAUCAAACUCUUAUUGAAAUGAAUAUAU